UCACGGAAGUCAGCGCUGGUGAUGGUGGCGGCCUCGUCAGCCUAGCAGCAGGAAGAGGAUGUUUGCUUACAGUGAAAUAAUAAUAUCACCUGAUUAUAAGCCUUUAUAACAGCAUAAACCGCCGUUAAGUUUUUCUGCUGAGCCUGCUGGGAUUUAGACAGCGCAUUCCCUCUCCUGGAGCCGGCCUCCGUGAGUCUGAAGCAGAGCGCUGGAUAAAAUGUCCCUGUUCCAGUCGGCACUGGAUUUCCUAGCCGGGCCCGGCUCGUCCGGAGCGACCAGCCGGGACCAGAAUGAUUUCGUCGGACAAGUUGUUGAGCUAGGUGACAUGAAGCUGAGGAUCAAGAGGGUGAUCGCGGAAGGUGGAUUUGCAUUUGUGUAUGAAGCCCAGGACAUGAGCAGUGGUAAAGACUAUGCCCUCAAGAGGCUGCUGUCUAAUGAGGAAGAGAAGAACAAGGAAAUCAUACAGGAAGUCUGCUUCAUGAAAAAGCUGUCAGGUCAUCCCAACAUGGUUCAGUUCUGCUCUGCUGCCUCCAUCAGCAAGGAGGAGUCAGACACCGGACAGGCGGAGUUCCUGAUCCUCACUGAGUUGUGUAAAGGUCAGCUGGUGGACUUUAUAAAGCGGGUAGAGCAGAGGGCUCCCAUGUCAUGUGACACGGUGCUGAAAAUCUUCUACCAGACGUGCCGCGGCGUGCAGCACAUGCACAAACAGAAGCCUCCAAUCAUACACAGAGACCUCAAGAUUGAGAACCUCUUGAUUAGUAACCAGGGCACCAUCAAGCUGUGUGACUUUGGCAGUGCCACCACAGUGUCACAUUACCCCGACUACAGCUGGUCGGCACAGAAGAGGUCCAUGGUGGAGGAUGAGAUCACAAGGAACACCACUCCAGCCUACCGAACGCCCGAGAUGAUCGAUCUCUACUCCAACUUCCCCAUCAAUGAUAAACAGGACAUCUGGGCCCUAGGGUGCAUCCUCUACCUGUUGUGUUUUAAGCAGCACCCAUUCGAGGAGGGGGCCAAGCUGCAAAUCGUGAACGGAAAAUACUCCAUCCCUCAGAACGAUGUGAAGUACACUGUGUAUCACGACCUCAUACGUUCCAUGUUGAAGGUGAACCCAGAGGAGCGUCUGUCUAUUACAGAGUUGGUCAACCAGCUCCAGGAGAUAGCAGCAGCACGCAACGUCAACCCCAAGUCUCCCAUUACAGAGCUGCUGGAGCAGAACGGAGGUUUUGGCAACAACGGGGCCCAGCCGCCCAUGCAGAUCCACAACGUCCCCAACAAUGCAGGCAUAUAUGAUCCUGAUCAGUCGGGCAGUGGCCUCUUGGAUAUAUUAAGGGGAGGAACAGAGCGCUUCCUGACCAACAUAAAGGACACUUCCUCUAAGGUCAUCCAGUCAGUAGCCAACAACCCAAGCUACGCCAAAGGGGACCUGGAUAUUUCAUACAUCACAUCUAGAAUAGCAGUCAUGUCCUUCCCAGCAGAGGGGGUGGAGUCAGCGAUAAAGAACAACAUUGAGGACGUUCGCCUGUUCCUGGAUUCACGUCAUGCUGGCCACUAUGCUGUCUACAACCUCUCCAAACGAUCAUACAGGCCUUCUCGAUUCCACAACAGGGUUUCAGAGUGUAACUGGCAGGUGCGCCGUGCCCCCAACCUCCGCAGUCUCUACAGUGUGUGUAAGAACAUGCAUCUAUGGCUCAAACAAGACCAGAGGAACAUCUGUAUAGUACACUGUCUGGACGGCAGGGCAGCAUCAGCGGUGGCAGUUUGCUCCUUCCUGUGUUUCUGUCGCCUUUUCACCACAGCUGAGGCUGCUGUCUACAUGUUCUCAAUGAAACGCUGCCCACCCGGCAUUGCACCCUCACAUAAGAGGUAUAUAGAGUACAUGUGUGACAUGAUGGCAGAGGAGCCCAUCAUCCCCCACAGCAAGCCCAUAAUAAUUCGCUCCAUCGCCAUGACACCCGUGCCGUUGUUCAACAAGCAGCGUAAUGGGUGCAGGCCAUUCUGCGAAGUUUAUGUUGGAGACGAGAGAGUCCUCACCACAUCACAGGAGUACGACAAGAUGAAGGAUUUUAAGAUGGAGGAUGGGAGAGCAGAGAUUCCUCUCAAUGUGACCGUCCAAGGAGAUGUACUGGUGGUGAUCUAUCAUGCAAGAUCUACACUGGGAGGACGUCUACAGGCCAAGAUGGCAUCCAUGAAGAUGUUUCAGAUCCAGUUCCACACAGGCUUUGUCCCCAGAAAUGCGACCACUGUAAAGUUUGCCAAGUAUGACUUGGAUGCCUGUGACAUCCAGGAGAAGUAUCCAGACUUGUUCCAGGUCAAUUUGGACAUUGAGGUGGAACCCAGGGACAGACCCAGCACUAAGACCCCUCCUUGGGAGGACUUCCAAACAAAAGGCCUGAAUCCCAAAAUCCUUUUCUCCUCUCGUGAUGAACAGCAGGAGAUCCUCAGCAAAUUUGGUAAGCCCGAGCUGCCUCGUCAGCCAGGUUCCUCAGCAUUUUAUGACUCAGAGGUGCCCCAGCCAGCUCAGACCCCAGAAGGCUCCAAUGCAACAGAACCAGAAUCUCCUGGGAGCACUGAUAGCAAUGCCAACAACUUCUUCCAGACACUGGAUUGGGAAGAUGUGCGUGGUCCUCAGGAUGCCUCAGACAGUCAAGGAGGGGGAUCCAUGAAUGACCAGGAGGACCUGAGCGAUCAAUCAGAAGGAGAGUCCUGCUCUUAUUCUGCCCCCAGUGGGGAGCCACUGUCACGUGACCCCAGCGAACCACUGUUUGAUGCUGAUUUCCAGAGCCCCCCUCCUGCAGCCCAGGAAUCUCCUAUCAGUGACACAGCUGACCUCUUGGGGUUGAACUCUGACCCUGAACGUCCUUCCAUGUCCUCGACCUCCUCUUCUGCUCCUCAUCAAGGAGACCAGGGAGGAAUGAAAGCUGCAUCCAGCAACAGCGACCUCCUCAACGACCUGUUUGCACCCCCUGCUGGUCAGACAGGUACAGUGCAGGAAGACUUGUUCUUCAGUGGGCCAACCAGUGCAGCCACACCAGACUCAAAACCCAUGGGCGACCUGUUUGAUCCGUUUGGGAUGGGGUCUGGCUCCGGUGUUGGCUCCAGUGUGGGUUCGUCUCGGCAGGCCUCUGGACCAGACCUGUUUGGGGACUUGUUGGGUUCUGAUAGUUCAGCCACCAGCGGGUUCAGUUCUGCUCACAGUAACCCCACUCCUGCUUCCAACACAAGCCUCUUCAACCUCAAUAAGCUAGUCAAUGAUGCCCCGAAGAUGACAUCAUCAGCCAGCCAACCAGAUCUGCUGGGUGGGUGGGAUAGCUGGGCAGCUGGCAACACCGCUAACAUGAGCGCAACCGCCAGCAGCAAACCCAAUUAUACCAACACAGCUUCUGGUGUGUCAUCUAUGUCGAAGGCCAAGUCUCAGACCUUUGAUCCUUUUGCUGACCUAGGAAACCUGGGCUCCAAUUUACCAGGUCCCUCUGGGCCUUCUUUUAGCACAAAGGCUCCUUCCUCCUCGGCUAAGCCUCAAGGCCAGCCCUGGCCAUCUGGAAGACCCACCUCAGCCCAGAGCAAACCUUGGAUGCCCGGAUCAGGAUCUGGCUCUGCACCCAAAGCAUCCUCAGCGUCGUCUCAGCCUGCAGGCACACAGCCCACCAAACCCAACUACAACCUCAGCUUCUCUAGUGUCAUUGGUGGGAGAGAGGAGAGAGGAGUUCGUGGGCCUGGAUUUGGCCCCAAGCCAAAGGUAAAGGAGGAUGAUUUUGAGGACCUGCUGUCAACUCAGGGUUUUGCCUCUAGGCCUGAUAAGAAGGGACCAAGGACCAUCGCUGAAAUGAGGAGACAGGAGAUCACAAAAGAUAUUGAUCCACUUAAAUUACAGAUCUUGGACUGGAUCGAAGGGAAGGAGCGAAACAUCCGAGCACUGCUGUCAACUCUGAACACGGUGCUGUGGGAGGGUGAAACCCGCUGGAAGCCUGUGGGCAUGGCUGACCUGGUGACUCCUGACCAGGUGAAGAAGUACUACAGGAAAGCUGUGCUGAUUGUCCAUCCAGAUAAGGCAACAGGCCAGCCUUACGAACAAUACGCUAAGAUGAUCUUCAUGGAAUUAAACGACGCCUGGUCAGAGUUCGAGAACCAGGGAUUCAAAUCACUCUUCUAAAACCUUGGUCUGGAUCCCUGCUAGACCAGACCAGACCAAAAUGGACUGGAUUUGGUGUAACCAAACAAGGGUUAGACCAGGCCAGAUUGGACAGGACUGAGCCCACAUUGGGCCUUAGGGGGCGCAGAGCCUCUGAGAGGUGUCCUCUCUACCAUUCCCUUCACUCCUUUUGUCGUUCUUUACUUUCUUCUGUUUCUACAGUCAAGGAAAAAGACCCUUUGCCUCAAGUCCGGCUGUAGGGAAAAUUUCCUCACUGGUUCAUUAACAGCCAGUUAAAUAAACAUUAUGAUAGUUCUUAAACUCACUGCCUACCUGUACGACUGCCUGAGUGGUGCUGCAAACAUCGGGAGGGAGGAAUGGGUGACAAUCACAUGACGAAGACAAAAUGGAAAAGAAAUCCGAUAAUACAAGGACUUUUAAAAUGACCAAGCUGAUUAUCAUGACAGUGGUAUUCAGAUCGAUUUAAUGACCCUACACUAAUAAAAUGCUGGUAAAUUUUGGCUGUGGCUGGUAAGUUUGUCAUUUGUGCCUGGCACUUUUGCAAACAACCAGUCAUUUAGCUUAUUGGUUAAAAAAAAAAAAGAACUGAACAUAGCUGUGAAUUUUUCUGCAUGCCAGACAACGUGGAAGUUUGCAAAACAUAAUUUGAAGGUAAAGUUUUUAAGCAUAGAACAUACCAGCCACAGCAACCAAUGGACAAAAAAAACUCCUAUCAUGCCUCUAAUGCUGAAGCAGCAUUAAAAUCUCACCAGGAUUUCGAAACUGUUGAUAAUACCCGUUAAUACAUUGAAGUGCUACAUUGAGUGGGUUUGUUCUUGAGCCAUUUCCUCUCCAGAAAGACAAGACUAUUACCUGCUGAACACUACUAGUGCUGCUUCUACCAUUACAGUUACUGCUACAGACACUCCUCAGAUCGAUGUUAAAACCUGCAUCCUAAACCUCUAACUUCUGACAAAGGAGCUGAACUUGUUUUGGAGCCCCAUAUAAACCCGAGCGGGCAGUCUGCUGUUUUUGAAGUGCUCUUUUAAUUCCACCCACUCAGGCUAUACUGUGUAGCUAACUGCAUGCUCUCCCACACCAAACCUCUAAACAACAGGAGGUAGGUGUGUUUGAUUUCAAACCAGAGUAGUCCAAACGGGCAGGGGUUCUUUUGUUGAAGAGUCUACCUGCCCGAUUACGCUGAGUGGCAGACUACAUGCCUACCCAGUGCUCACACUGCUCAUUGCUUUUGAGCAUCUCCAUCAUCACUAUCAUUAUUAACCCCUCUCUUUGUCACUGUAAGCCCCACCCACCUCCAGCGACUAGUUCAGUGGACAUUUUUUGUCAGCGCACAGGAGGAGAUCAAAAAGUGAAGGAAUGAAAAGAGAAUAUAGUGAUUUAAUCUGGUUGCUCUUGGUUUUACUCUUUCUUGUAUUUUUUGCGUUCAGCUUUGAGCAUUUUUGUCAGUUAAUCAUCACUUCAGUGUAAAUAGAGAAAUAUUAUCAUCCAUCAAGUGGCUUUGUUAAGAUUACAGUCUGGGCAAUUGAUUUGUUAUUGAGCUUCAUGCUUGAUUGUGUGAAUGGUUGUCUGAGUGUGUGUGUGCAUGCGUGCAAGUCAGUAUGCGAGUGUGUGUGUGUCUUCUGGGGGAAGAUAAUGACACCAUGUUGGACAUAAUGCUUCCUUGUCUGCAAUCACAAUCUUUUCUUUCUUCUUUUAAUUUUUUCAGCCUCUCCCACGCGUUUGUUUUUGUGGAUGUUUUGUCUUUUCAAAAAUCUUUCCAACUUUUGCUGUUUUGUUUUUUUUUCUUCAUUUUUCAUUUCACAUUUUACCUCAUGGACCAAUCAAAUCACCUGUUUUCUUAUUUAUUAUUAUGUUUUUCAGGAGGGUUGGGGUUUAUAAUGACAUGUAUUCAUGCAUAUUAAUGGCAUAUUAAUAGCAGAGGUGAAAAAUGUCAGAUAAUAUAUAAGUGGAAUGUGCUGAGUGCAAGUGGGACAGAUGGGUGAUCACAGUGAGCCUCUCUGUUGCUGUUUUCAUUCCAAAGCAUCUAUUAUUAAUACGAAUGUGCUUUUACAAAUAUAUAUCCUCUCUGUUGUUAAGCGGUAUGUGUUCAUCAUUUGUCUGUUCAGUUUGUCUUUUUGUUGUUACUUUUUUUUUUGUUUUUUCCUCUUAAGGCAGAACUGAAGUUGUUGCUUCUGUUUUGCAUUUUGACAUUUUGUUAAAAUUCCAACACAUGGGGCCAGUAAACCUAAGUAAGAAAAAAAUAAAUGAACUGAUGCUUGAAAUUCAGUUGAAACUCUUGACAGUAUGAUCAUAGUAUAGGGGUGAAACCACACAUCGGCAGUGUUUACUGUACCAAAUUACAUCAUACUAAUAUGAAUGUAGAUUUCAGUGCAAAAACAAAUAAUAAAAAAAACUUUUGAUCUGUUUUAUUGUUCUUACUUUGAAGAUUGACAGUGGCUUCACAUUCACAACUAACGAUAAAUUAGAAAAAGAUCAUCUUAAUGUUGAAUGUAUUUAAAAAUUGGGAAGAGUAACUGACUUAUCUGUUCUUUGGUCUCAUUUGAAAGAUGCUGCUUUUGCAAUGGAAAAAGCAGCAUCUCGCAGUUUGCUUUGGUACUGAAUAGAAUUUAAGUAUCUUAUUCUAGUUCUGGCUGUAAUCAUGUUCACGUAACUUUUUGUUUGUGACCAGUGGGUAUUUGAAUGGUUAAUGACUUUUCAAAUAUUGAUUAGCCAAGUGGAUGCUACCACCAACUUUAGGUGUAUAACUCUUUGGUAAUGGGUUGAGAGUUAUUUAGUAACAAGCCCAAUUAUAUACCCUUGUCCCUUUUAAUGACUAGAAAUUUCAAAAUAAAAGUACACCUGACAGUCAUCACACCUGACAGACCAUCUUCUGGGUUAACACAAAACUUUGGUAUAUUAUUGUGACAGUGUAAAUGUCACAUUGUCAAAGCCUGUAUGGCUUUUUUUUUCAGUCAGAUGAAAUUUGAGCUUUAUCCAGUUUAUUCUUUGCCCCCUUCAGCUACAAUUAUUAGUGAUCAAAAAUGUAUGUAAAUCAUUUUCCAUGGGCCAGAAAACAGCGCUGCAGUUAAUACACCUCAUACAAUAAAGUCUUUCAUAGAGGUUGCAUCUUUGAAAGUUAUCAAAGGAUCGUUAUUGCCAGUGCACAACUGACCUGGAAAAUGAAGCCAAAAGAUACAGUAUUUUACAUAUUUGUUUCCCUUUAGCCCCACUCCAAAAUGGAUGCAUUUCAGACAGUUUCUCCAAUCAGUGUAUUUUAUGUGAGUGAAAUAGUGUAUAGAAUGUAACACAAGGACUCCUGCAUCAUGAUGUGUUACAGCUUUAUUUCAAAAAUGGAUCAAGUCAGCCCAUAAACAGCGAUCCUCAUCACCAGAUCACAUUACAUUUCCCCUCCAGAGCACAGACUUUGAACACAAAACUGUAGCACAUCAUAUGGUCUUUACAAAAGGACUUAAAAAACAGAUAAAGCAAGGAACAGAAGAAACAGAAAAUGACUUCUCCGCUUAUCUCCUCAAACUGUCAUUCUCCAGUGGCCAUAUGAUCUGAAACUCUAGCUUUAGGAUGUGUUUUAGCAUCACACUAACCUUAGCAUUGGCACUUAAUUGUGGCAGAGGGGAGAACUGGAGGACAGAAAUGGAGGUAAGGGGGGAGUUUGUAGAUGUGUCUUUGAGGAUAUAAAAAGGGCCUGAUAGGUAAAAUCUGUGAUUUUUAAAUGUGAAACCAAAACAAACAAACAAAAUAAAUGACAAAGUUGUCCCUCCCACCCAUUGGCUCAAGUACAAACUGUAGACACAUUCAUCGAAGCUACAGUAUUCACAAGCACUGAAUGUAUGUAGUAUGGAAGAAGAUGUUCUGAAGAGAUGGGAACACGCCAAGAAAUAUCAGGCACUGCCAUUUAUCGUGUUUUAUGAAUCUCCAUCUCUCAAGCACUUCUUCUUCCACUGUUAAUGCAAAACUACUGUACGUACUUUUGGGGAGAAACAGUUAAAAAAGGAGCCACAAUGUGUUUGUUUCCAUUUCUGCGCACUUAUGACAACAGUCGGUUGUGCUGCCUUGAAUGCAGCAGUUUUGGCAUGUUGACAUCUGGUUUGGUAUUUUGACAGGAACAAGGGCCGGAAAGGCACUUCAAAGUGUGGAUGUCCCUUCGAUUUCCUGGUGGUUCUGGUUGCCUCCCUGUAAAGCCUCAAGCCCUCCAAAUGACCAAAGGGGAAUCUGAAAGA